CUGGGGUUUGUGGUCCACUUCCCUCCCGAGCCGGAGGCGCUUGCGCGUUGGCCGCCAACUCGCUCUAGUCGCUGUGAUCGGGGCUCGAGACCGGCUGCCAUCUUAGUCGAGGGACUGAAGAGUCGCCGCCGCCCCGAGUCCCGGUAACAUGCAUUUAACAGUGGCCUUCUGGAGACAACGCCUUAACCCAAAAAAGUGACUUGAAGGGUGAGAACUUCAGAUUUGCCGUCCUGUUGGUGGUAUGUCUGGCAGUGGAUCACAGCUUGGUUCAAUGGGUAGCCUGACCAUGAAAUCACAACUUCAGAUCACUGUCAUUUCAGCAAAACUUAAAGAAAAUAAAAAGAAUUGGUUUGGACCAAGUCCUUAUGUGGAAGUCACAGUAGAUGGACAGUCAAAGAAGACAGAAAAGUGCAACAAUACAAACAGUCCCAAAUGGAAGCAGCCCCUUACAGUUAUCGUCACCCCUGUGAGUAAAUUACAUUUUCGUGUGUGGAGUCACCAGACACUGAAAUCUGAUGUUUUGUUGGGAACUGCUGCAUUAGAUAUCUUUGAAACCUUAAAGUCAAACAACAUGAAACUUGAGGAAGUAGUUGUGACUUUACAGCUUGUAGGUGACAAAGAGCCAACAGAGACAAUAGGAGACUUGUCAGUUUGUCUUGAUGGGCUGCAGUUAGAGUCUGAAGUUGUUACCAAUGGUGAAACUACAUGUUCAGAAAGUGCUUCACAGAAUGACGAUGACUCCAGACCCAAGGAUGAAACAAGAACAAACACAAAUGGAUCAGAUGAGCCUGAAGAUGCAGGAGCUGGUGAAAAUAGGAAGGUCAAUGGGAAUAAUUCUCCAUCACUCUCAAAUGGUGGUUUUAAACCUUCUAGGCCUCCAAGACCUUCACGACCACCUCCACCUACACCACGUAGACCAGCAUCUGUCAAUGGUUCACCAUCUGCCACUUCUGAAAGUGAUGGAUCCAGUACGGGCUCUCUGCCACCAACAAAUAUAAAUUCAAAUACAUCUGAAGGAGCAACAUCUGGAUUAAUAAUUCCUCUGACUAUAUCUGGAGGCUCAGGCCCUAGGCCAUUAAAUCCUAUACCUCAGGCUCCCCUACCACCUGGUUGGGAGCAGAGAGUGGACCAGCAUGGACGAGUUUACUAUGUAGAUCAUAUUGAAAAAAGAACAACGUGGGAUAGACCAGAACCUCUACCUCCUGGCUGGGAACGGCGGGUUGACAACAUGGGACGUAUUUACUAUGUUGACCAUUUCACAAGAACAACAACAUGGCAGAGGCCAACAUUGGAAUCCGUCCGGAACUAUGAACAGUGGCAGCUACAACGUAGUCAGCUGCAAGGAGCAAUGCAGCAGUUUAACCAGAGAUUUAUUUAUGGGAAUCAAGAUUUGUUUACUACAUCACAAAAUAAAGAAUUUGAUCCCCUUGGUCCCCUGCCACCUGGAUGGGAGAAGAGAACAGACAGCAAUGGUAGAGUAUAUUUUGUCAACCACAACACUCGUAUUACGCAAUGGGAAGACCCCAGAAGUCAAGGUCAGUUAAAUGAAAAACCUUUACCUGAAGGCUGGGAAAUGAGAUUCACAGUCGAUGGAAUUCCAUAUUUUGUGGACCACAAUAGAAGAACAACUACCUAUAUUGAUCCCCGCACUGGAAAAUCUGCCCUAGACAAUGGACCACAGAUAGCCUACGUUCGGGACUUCAAGGCAAAAGUUCAGUAUUUCCGGUUCUGGUGUCAGCAACUGGCCAUGCCACAGCACAUAAAGAUUACCGUGACAAGAAAGACAUUGUUUGAAGAUUCCUUUCAGCAGAUAAUGAGCUUCAAUCCCCAAGAUCUGCGAAGACGUUUGUGGGUGAUUUUUCCAGGAGAAGAAGGUUUAGAUUAUGGAGGUGUAGCAAGAGAGUGGUUCUUUCUUUUGUCACACGAGGUGUUGAACCCAAUGUAUUGCCUGUUUGAAUAUGCAGGGAAGGAUAACUACUGCUUGCAGAUUAAUCCUGCUUCUUACAUCAAUCCAGAUCACCUGAAAUAUUUUCGUUUUAUUGGCAGGUUUAUUGCCAUGGCUCUGUUCCAUGGGAAAUUCAUAGACACAGGUUUUUCUUUGCCAUUCUAUAAGCGUAUAUUGAACAAACCAGUUGGACUCAAGGAUUUAGAAUCUAUUGAUCCAGAAUUUUACAAUUCUCUCAUCUGGGUUAAAGAAAACAACAUUGAGGAAUGUGGUUUGGAAAUGUACUUCUCUGUCGAUAAAGAAAUUUUAGGUGAAAUCAAGAGUCAUGAUUUGAAACCUAAUGGUGGCAAUAUUCUUGUGACAGAAGAAAAUAAAGAGGAAUAUAUCAGAAUGGUAGCUGAAUGGAGGUUGUCUCGAGGUGUUGAAGAACAGACACAAGCUUUCUUUGAGGGCUUUAAUGAAAUUCUUCCCCAGCAGUAUUUGCAAUACUUUGAUGCAAAGGAGUUAGAGGUCCUUUUAUGUGGAAUGCAAGAGAUUGAUUUGAAUGACUGGCAAAGACAUGCCAUCUACCGUCAUUACACUAGGACAAGCAAACAAAUCAUGUGGUUUUGGCAGUUUGUUAAAGAAAUUGAUAAUGAGAAGAGAAUGAGACUUCUGCAGUUUGUUACUGGAACCUGCAGAUUGCCAGUUGGAGGAUUUGCUGACCUCAUGGGGAGCAAUGGACCACAAAAAUUCUGCAUUGAAAAAGUUGGGAAAGAAAAUUGGCUACCCAGAAGUCAUACGUGUUUUAACCGCCUGGACCUGCCACCCUACAAGAGCUAUGAGCAACUGAAGGAAAAGCUGUUAUUUGCCAUUGAAGAAACAGAAGGAUUUGGACAAGAGUAACUUCCAAGAACUUGUGCCACCAAAGGACAGGAACUUAUUUGCAAUGUCUGUCCUUUUUCUUCUCUGCUUAUUGCACAUCUUAUUGUAAAAUUGGGCUGUGACUGUUUAGAGAGUUAUUCGAGUGUAAGUAAAUUAAUGUUAUCAUUGAGAUUUAUCUCCCAGUGAUUCUGGAUUUCUACUCAAUGUUUCCAGAAAUCAGACCUGCAAAUGACUAGUCAAACCUUACUUAACAUGAGAUUUAACACAGCAAUGAAAUCUGCCUUGUCUUAUUCCACUAGAUUGUUACCUUAACAACAGUUCUGUAUAUGUGUGUCAAAAGUCUCACUUGGGAGUAGAUUUUUUUCUUUUAGAGAUUUCUGCAGAUAUUCAGGGAAGUCCCUUGGUAAAUGAAGUAUGUAAGAUCUUAAGCCUCUUGUAAGAGGUAUUUGUUAAAAGUGCAAACUUAGCCCAGCUUCUGGGGAUGUGAGCAAACUUCUGGCUUGUGCUCUCCCUCUCAUUUCAGCCUGGCCUGACUAUUGUUUUUCCUUUCCGGAGCAUGAAUCCAUGCAUCAUUUUGCUGUUAUCCUUGGAAAGUGAUGCAAGACUCUUGCACUGCUCUACAAAGUAGUUUUUUUUUGUUGUUUUUUUUUUUUUUUUAAAGAUUUUAUUUAUUUAUUUCACAGAGAUAGAGACAGCGCGAGAGAGGGAACACAAGCAGGGGGAGUGGGAGAGGAAGAAGCAGGCUCAUAGCGGAGGAGCCUGGAUGUGGGGCUCGAUCCCAUAACGCCGGGAUCACGCCCUGAGCCAAAGGCAGACACUUAACCGCUGUGCCACCCAGGUGCCCCUACAAAGUAGUUUUGUUACUUUGAAUUCAGGGAGAAGUUGGUCCCAGCCUGCAAAUGACCCUAUAACCCUCUUCAUUUGGAAGUCUGAUUGUUUUAAUUGCCUUGCAAAUACUAAACUUUACAAAUAAUAUUAACAUUGUGCUUCCUUCAUGGUGGUUUUAUAAAAGUUAAUCUGGAAUUGGAGUUAAUUUAGCUAAAUUCAUCAAAGGCCAUCAUUGACAAUUUUUAUAUGUUCCUAUAUAUAAAUUGCAUCUAUAAUUUUAUCAUAAUCCAGCAACUUCAAUUAUAUUUAAUUAUUGCUAAGGAGUUCACGUUCUAACUAAAGUAAUCUACACCCAAAGAGAGAGGUCAGUGAAACAUCCUCUAAAUUACAUUUUCAUUAGGGAGGGAGAGCUGUGGUACUGGCUAAAUAGAAGGGAGUAAUACAUUUAGUAGCAGUACAUUUCUAGUAACCACAGAAAUGUAUUCUCUGUAUGAAUUAAAAGUCUUCAAACUUA